AUGUUCAGGAGUGACAGUGCCCCCGAUAGCCGCCAUGUUGAAAACUUUUGUGGAGUCAUCGUUAGUGUGCAUGUGCUAAUAAGGAAAAACCGCUGGAAGCAAGUGGGCUCUUGGACCCAGCCCCUCUCUCUCCAUUCCUUGUCAUCACUAAAGAUGGCGGAACAUUUUGAAUUAUUGUCUUCCUUCGUGGUUUUAAACUCCAUCCCCGUCAAGAAAUACCGAUCUAAGAGAACAGGCAUUAAUUUUUGCUUUGCCGAAGUGCCUGGUCCACUCGUAAAUGGGUUUCUUUGCCUUGGUAAGUGAUCUCGUAAUAAAUCACGGCACGUACGUAUCAGAUCAAUGGCCAUUCUGUAAGCUUUCAUGUGAGACAUUCUUAAAACACCUGGUACAUGCAUGGACUGCUGUUUUAUUUGUGGUCGGAAAAUAACUGUCGCGGUUCUUUUUUAAAGUUAUUGUGAGUACUGUUAUGUUCUGGUGCAACUGUUUGCAAAGUUAAACUCUUCGACAGUAGAUGUGCCCUCUAGGCGGGAGUCGGGCCUGUAUUAACCGAGUGCAGUGGGUAACUAUGACAACCAGCAACCAUAUUGGAGUCAUCUACUCAGGCACUAGGGAGCUUAAGUAACGAUGAGGAUGAUGGUAGCAAAAAAGGUCUCUUAACAAUGAAUUCUCGCUGUUUUGAAAUUCAUCACUCUUCUUCCAUGUCGUUCAACUUGUCAAAUAUUGGUGAAUUUUUUCUGGAGUUGAUUUCUAAAGGAACGUAUCUAAAUUCAAAAUAAGAAUAAGAAAAUCAAUGUCUUGUGUUCACCUCCUUCAGAAAAUUAUUAGGUGCAUUAUGGGAGAUGUGCAAGUGGCAUAUUAGGCAGUUUCAUAGUGGCAAUGUUGUACAACAAUAAUGCAAAGAAAUAUACGAAAAAGCAAAAUGCUUGUGCAAAGUUUUCUUGCUAAUCUACAUGUAAACCUAUUGCUUUUAUGGUGUUCUUAUUGCUGUUGUUGUAGUUGUUGCUCAAGCUCCCUACUGCUACACUGCUAACCAGUGGAAAAUUGAUACUAACAGGCAGGUUAGACAAAGAUUAAAAAUUAAGAAUCAUGUGCAGCAUGAAGCAACAUGAGCAAAGUCACCCGACCCCAACAGCUUAGCUUUAAAAUAAAAUUCCAAAGCCUGCUGUCUGUGAUUGAGCUAUACCACCAUCCCAGACAAUGUUAUUGAAACAGACGAUUGCUGCUUUGCAUUGUCGUGGCUUUAACUUUGCCUACUCAUUUAGCUGACUUCACAGUCGUGUGGGUGCUGAUUAGGUACAAGAUCAUAAUGUAAAAAUUUCUACUUUUUCUUUUUAAUUUUUCAUCAGCCACUGAGGCUCAUGAUGAUGACGGGUUACCACACACCUUGGAGCACCUGGUCUUCAUGGGAAGUGAAAGCUACCCUUACAAGGUACACGUAUUGCAAGAAGUAAACAUUGCUGAUAUGUACAUGUACCUUGCAUCUGAUAUAUCUUAUUCAACCACAUGUAGCCCAAGCUCGAAAUGUAAUGAGCAUCGGUAUUGUUUUGUAACAUUAAAAAUAUAAGGAUUUGUGGUGGAAAAAAACUAUUGUUUCAGCUGUAACCUCUGGAUAGGGAAGGAUUUCAAUAUAAAAUGGUUUACCUUGCUUAAAACAGAGCUUCUGAUAUUUCGCGCGGUCGCGGACCCGCGAAAUUCAGGUAUUUCCGUGAAAUCCCGCGAAAUUCCCCAAAAAACACGAAAUACCGCAAAAUCCACCAGAAAUAUUUCCAAAUACAUGUCGGCAAAACAUAUUUAGUACUUAUCUUGGCUUUUAGACCUGUUUUAUUCACCCCAAACGUCCAAAUUUAUCUGGAAACUUCGUCACUGCAAUGAGUAAACAACGUCCCAAAACUACCAGGCGUUCUUAGAUUAACGUUGCGAAAAACUGGGCACUAACCAUAAUGUUAAUAGCUUUAAAGCAUUUGCUCAUUUCUCGAGUGAACUGUUGUUGAAAGAGCAAAUGAUUAUCCCUGUUAAAAAAACGUUAAAAACGCUGGUCAUGUCGAUGCAAGAUUGAUCGAUUUUAUCGAAAUUUGCCAAAAGAAAUCCAGCGAAAUCGUCUGUUUUUUACUGAUUGUUUCUUGGGGAAGUUUCCCCCUGAAAUUUCCCGUGAAAUCAGCCGAUUUUUCUAAGAACUUGCCCCUGAAAAUCCUUCAAAAUUUGACUUUUUUGCACUGAAACCCGCGAAAUCGGCUGAUUUGUCUGCGAAUUUUGACUUUCUCCCGCGAAUAUCCCGCGAAAUCGGCCGAUUUUUCUGCGAAUUUUGACUUUUUUCCCGCGAAAAUCCCGCGAAAUCGGCCAAUUUGUCCGCGAAUUUGCCCCUGAAAAUCCCGCGAAAUUUUUCUUUUUUUUCCGCGAAAUAUCAGAAGCCCUGUUAAAAUGUGUGUUAUGUCUUUCCUUUGUGGUCUGCAAGCCAAAUUAAGCCCAUUUUAAUUUAUUGGUUUUAAUGUAACUGAUUUUCUGUCUCUAACUAAUAAAAACACUGCACCUUAGCAUAAUGAUGUGUUGCUGCCUUUUUUCUGGUCUACCUUCUUUUGCCUUUAUGUUUCUUUUAUAUUUUAUAUUUACGAAUAUUUUUUUUUUACAUGUACAUGUACAUUACGUACAUCUUCUGUUGAACCUGCAGGGUCUUUUGGAUUUACUAGCCAACAGGUGCCUGGCACAGGGUACCAAUGCCUGGACAGCAACUGACCACACAGCUUAUACAAUGGAAACUGCAGGCAGUGAGGGAUUCUUAAACCUGCUUCCUAUCUAUCUGGAUCAUGUUUUAUACCCAACUCUUAAAGUCAGUAAUGUACAGUGUAAUGAAAAUGUGUUUUCACUCUACCCUUUGGAUCAAUUUAUGUUUUUGGGAAACUGCCCAUAUAUGUACACCUUCCCUUAGCCAACAUUUUGCCUUAAGUGAGAAUUAUGGGCUAAUGUUAGCUUAGGGGAGAGGUAGGUGGGCAGUUUCCUGUGUACAUUCACUGUACCUACAUGUACCAUAGUUAAAUUUCCAUUUGGUUUUUAAUCUUUAUGCAGAUAGGAAAAUAAUGUCACUGAAUGGAUGUACCGUACUUCCCAAGUAAUAUAAUAAUAAUAGCCAUCCCUUGAUUAAUCGUCAAUAACAUCUUCUCUUCUUUUUAUUCCCUCUCUGUCAAGUUGAAGUAAAAUGUGAUCCAGCAAAACUGAUCAGUGAAAAUUCAGCUAUGAACUAAAUUUGGAACACUUAAAAAGCCCAUGUUCAGUUUAUUUGUUGUGAUUAUUUUUUUUAAUUAAUGGGAAAAUAAAACAAAAUAUUUAGGGCAUGACUUCCAGUGAGCAUUAAUUUAUUUGAAAUAAUCGCCUCCCUUGAAUAAUCGCCUUCCCUCAAAUAACAAUCGCCCCCUUUUUGUGUGAAAAAAGAAAUAAUCGCCCCUGGCUAUUAUUCACAGAAAUACGGCAAUAAGGUUUUUCUUUUUGUUGUGACUUAACAACACAGGCAUUAGAAUAUUGCAUUAAUUUGUAGUGUUCACAAGGACACUAGUCCACCAGUCCCCCAGCUCUUCCAAACUUCUGCCUUGGUGACAGGCAGUGUCUUUCAAUUUUUAGGAAUCUGCAUACAUAACAGAAGUUCACCAUGUAAAUGGAGAGGGUGAAGAUGCUGGUGUUGUUUAUUGUGAGAUGCAAGGAAGAGAGAAUAUGGAAAGAUCUUUGACUUUCUUGAACUUUACUCGGGAAAUGUAUCCUGGACAUUGUGGCUAUAAGGUACAGUUUAUGUGUUAAAAGCCUAAUGGGCCUAUGUUACAAGUCAAAAUUAAAUUCAGGUUAAGUAGAGGAUAUUAUACUGUCACGUGGGGAUACAAAUUUUGUCUUCGAGUGAGAGAUAUUUUCAGUAGGAGAAGAUAAAAUUCGUAUCCCCAAGUGGCCAUGUAAUGUUCUGUUUAUUUUAUAGAUACUGAUGAAAUUCCUUCAUGAAACACAACUUUUGUCUUUAUUCAUUUUCGAAAUAGCAAAAUAGUGCAAUUAAAGUGGUCACCUAUUGCAAAAUGCCUGUCAUAAAAAUGUUAUGAAACUCAGAUAUAAAGUUAUAAAAGAGAAAUAAAGAUAACAAUUGGCUAAUCAUGUUAGUAACCGUGGUAACACUAAUAUCCUCGCACGUGAAAGAUAAAAAUAGUAUCUUCACUGCACACGAUGAAUAUAUGAUUUUUUAGCAAAAGAAAAACUCCUGGUAUUUCAUUAGUAUCUAUAUAAUAAAAUUGUUUAACCUACAAUCUUGGACAAAACUUGAUAAGAUUACAUGCUUGGAGAGCAUUUUUCUCGACAUCAAAGCUGUAGCAAUUCUUCCCUCCCCCUCCGGCUGGAAGUAGUGUUGUUGUGUCUUUAAAAGAAAGCCUGAUCCCUGGGCAUUUGUAGGAAGCAACUUUGGACUGGGGGAAGGGGUUAUAUUUACGCAAAGCCAUUGAUUUGGAAACAGUUUUGUUGCGUAAGGUAGUGCGCAUCAACAAAAAAACAUUCUCAAGUAGUUUUGUUCGAGAUUGUAGCUUGACUCUUAAUUUCCUUUGACUCCAAGCCACCAUUCUUCAAUAAUAAUAUUAUUAUGAGGCUGGGAGACAAAGGGAAUUGAGAAUCAACCUAGGUUAAGAAUUUAAAUCUGAAGUUAAUUUUGACCUGUAGCACUGAACCCACAAUACAAGGCUCAAAAUAACGGACAGCAGGUCGCCGGUCAUGAUGACCGGCCAAAUAUUUUUUAGCCCGGACAAACCCCGAUUUUGGCCGGUCAAAUUAAUGAAUAUUAUAAUUACUUUGUUGCCCAUGGAAUAUCGAAUUACGCUGGCAGUACGGCAUUAUCGUUCAAGUUUUUGCCGCCAAGUUGGUGAAAAAUUCAUUCACACGUUGUUGAGUUCCUUUCCGCGAUUUUUGCCCGUUUUAUGUCGGUUUAUAUAUACCUUCAGCAUCAUCGUACUGCGGUGUCGAAAGUCUCCAAGGUUCGUCCUAUAUCUGCAUAUCGGUGAAACUUGAUCCUUUUCGUUGCCCGGCACGUGAUCGAAAGUCUCCUCCACAAAGAAGAAUUUCGUCGCUAAAUAUUUGGGGCAAAGAAGUUGAUUUGGCAAGAAAUUUUUUCCGCAAACAGGGUAUUCGUCGUCAAAAGUCAAUAAAUAUACAGGAGAGCUUUCAUUUGGGUCGUCGCGCAACACUUUAUCGCGAACGGCUUAUCAAGAAGGAGGAUUUUAAGCGCUGAUAUAGCAGCGAUAGGCGACGUUCGUUCUCGAUUAGCUUAGUUUUUAUCAGACAAUUCUGGAAUCGAGUUUGCAAAUGAGAUUAUGUUCGAUGUAAAGAAAUUUUAUAAUUAAUCGAUGCGCUGAAAUUUAUUCCCAGAGAAACAGUACUGGACGAGCGAUCGAUUAGCCUGAAUCCCGUCGAAGGUGAUUUUCACAAUCCUGUUACAAGUAGAUGUGAAAUGUUUGAUGGACAAAAACUGUCACUCAUCCUUUAGUUUUCUAAAAAAUAACAGAUUAUUGUUAGCGAAUGUUUUCCCAAAGAAGGUCGCAUUACUGAUCACAGCAAAGCAGAACGUUUUUCUUUAAAGGGUUUAGUGCAAAGCAGCAAAAAAAGCAAAAGAAAGCAGCGAAUUACAGCGUUAUAGAGCAAAACGCAUUAAGCGACAAGCAUCCAAAAAUGACCGGUCAAAAUGACCAGCCAGACGAGAGUUUGACCGGUCAAGCCCACGAUCAGGCCGGACAUUGUCCGUUGACCGGCCGUUAUUUUGAGCCCUGCAAUAUCUUGGGACAAUGUGAUAUGAAACUUUUCAAGAAAAAUUAUUUUAGUAGCAACAGUUUCCACCUGUUAUACCCUAUGUUUCCUCAAGUUAAAGCUUCUUCCCUUAGAUUUAGAUGAAAAUUAACACUGAAAUUUUUAAAAUUUUAUUUGUUUUUACAAUAGGCUUAGUUUCAGUUUUUAAUAUAGCUUGCCAUUAAAAGAAUUUUUCCUGUAAGCGUCUUACUUGCAGUAGUAGGCUUGAUUUCCGCCACUCUGUUUAGGAACCUGCGCUUAUUUCAUGAACAGCAGUUUGUAGUUUUAUUAAACCUAAAACCAUAGUAAAUCUUAACAAUUUUCUUCACCUUUAAAGGUGAUGUUACACAGGAAAAUUUGUAACAACGAUUUUUAGCGCAUCACAGCGUUGCAAUGUUGGAACAGUGUUGUAACUAUAUAUCUGAAACAAUGUCGCAUGAAUGUUGCAAUGCUGUGUUGUGCAUAAAAUCAUCAUUGCUAAUCGUCUCGUAUAACAUCAUUAAAUAAUUAUUAUUGAUAGUAAUCAGCCACUAAUUUCUCCUUAAAAGUGUUAAUACCCACCUGUAUACGUAUGUCAGCAGAAAGGUUACAAGGAAUUUUAUUUUUUCAUAGUCAGAGACUGGGGGAAUUAUGGAAAACUUGCGCUCAACCUGUAGUCACGCUAAGGUAUGCAUUCCUUAAUAAUUUAUUAUCAAUUUUGAAUGUGAAACUUUCUGGAAACAGAAAGUAGCUUUGGUAUUCAGUCUAAUGUCAGAAUCAAUGAAAGGCAGGUUAAUAAGAAAAUUUGACAGUUUUUUGGGGCACAAUAAAAACUAACUGUUAUUAACAGUAAUUAGUGUUAACCCAAUAAAGGUCUAUCUUAUCUUUUUAUCAGAAGUUAACUCACUUGGAGCAUUUUUCCUUUUGGCACCUGUUUUCAUUAUUAUGUAACAAUGAAGAAGAUAUUAGCCUUUUAGGUUACUCUGAAAUUUGAGCAAAAAUAAAGUUCAUGUAUGCAUGUACAUUGUAUGUAUGUAGCUACGUGUAGUAUUGAGUGUGUGUGUGUGUGUGGGGGGGGGUCUUGGUCAUAGGGACAUGCAAAGGAUUGUUUUGAGUUUGAAAUUCAUGAUUUCGGCCUUUUUCUGGUAAGAACCUUAGCUAAUUUUUUUUACGGGGGGCAGUACAGUUUGACCAAGGAUUCUUUUGGGUAUUGAAAAAACUGUGAUGAUUUACAGCAACUGCAUUGCAUUACAUUGCUUCCAUUCUCAAGUCUUUCUGGGCAAUUUUGCAGUUUGAAAAUAUGGUGUGGGAUUUGUGGGGGUUAAAUUUUUCCCAAUGCAUGAGUAAGGGUUUGUUUGGAUUUUAUUUUGUUGUUUGAUUCAACAGGUUUGCAGCUAUCAUCAGCAAUUCUAUAGACCAGAAAACUUGUGCGUAAUCAUUACUGGGCAGAUUGAUCCAGUCAAAGUGUUUCAGACAGUCAAGUCUUUUGAGGAUAAGAUUCUUACCAAGGCAAGAUCUACUUCUGUUUACAUUCAUUGAAAUUGAAAGUAAUAAGAUUAUUCAAAUUUUUAAUAUUAAAUAUCAAUAAUAAGUUGCCAGUUGAGGAUGGGUACCCCAUUGCCCAUGGGCUGAAACUGUGAAACCAAACCCUGUCCCUGUCCCAGAGUAUACCAAAAACCCCCUCUGACCUGUGCUAUUGGCACCCCACCCACCGGCCUCAAGCCUACAAUC